AAGGAACCGGAGAGAACACGCUGCAACAUCUCGGACUUGAUAAGAAGCAUGUUGUUAUGAGGUUGGGAGCAAGGAUAUAUUAACAGAAGGAAAUAUACACUCGAUAUUUUUUUCUCCCCUUUCCAAGACAUGUGGCUCUGGAUUUUCUUCCCUGUCGCUCUCUCCCUAACAUCAUUCGUUGGAACGUGGGCAGUAUAUGGCUUAGCCUACUCCAACCAACAUGUGUGCUCGCUCACUGACUGGUGGGGGGAGAACUUCUGCACAGUCAAUAACACCAAGGACUGCUGCAGGGUUCCCACCAUUAGCACAAGCGGAGCCUCCACCCCCGAGAAUUCACUUUUCACCGCGACCAUCAACGCCGGCUCCUUUCUGUUUUUCCUCUUCUGCAUAUUCCACCAUGCCCAUGUCAUGGAGAAAAACGCAUGUCACGCCACAAUGAGUAGGUUGGCGCUGUUCUUCGGCUUGGUGGCCUCUCUGGGAUCGUUUGCCGCCGGAAACUGCAACCCCAGUUACCUGACCCUGCUGCACCACGUGGGGGCUGGGGUGAGCUUCAUGUGCAUCUGCUGCUACACGGUCUUGCUCACCGCACUGACGGGUAGAUGUCUGCUGACGGGGUACGAGUAUUUUCUCUACCCCCUACGCAUCAUGUUCACAGUGCAACAGACCAUCCUCACCCUCUGCUACGCUUUUUGCUUCAGCCACCAUGACUACUACAACGUUCACCUGUCGGCCGUAUUCGAGUGGAUCCUCAGUGCCAACCUGGAGCUUUUCGAGCUCAGCUACGUUGUGGAGUUCAGCUUCUUCUCCUCCUACAUGCUGUCAAAUCUGUACAGCCAUCGCGAAGAGGAGAGGCCCUUCAUGUUGGCCUGACAUGCGUACACUUUGACUUACAGGAAGGCUACCCGGCUCCAGCCGGAGAACGGGUAUGCCGGGACUAUGAAUAUGAUGUGAGGAUUUUCUGAUGACUGACCGUUGAUGACGAUAUUUAUUCAUGCCUGAGCUAUCAUUGUGAAGAUGACUCAUGACUGGGAUGUGCAGUACAUUGAAUUGACGCUUUUAAUACCUCGGAUGCCAAAGAUAACAAAAAAUCCUGUUGUGCUGGAUUACUCGAAUGUUGCUCAUUGGUGGAUGUCGUCACCCCCUGACGAAUUUGUGAAGGUGUGGAAAACAAACAGGAUGACAUUCACAUACUGAAACCAAACACCAUUUCAAGUUUAGGUGACAGGAAAUUGUGACGUACGUAGGUGCUCAUUCACUCAGUAUGAAGUGUACAGUUGUGCCUUGAGAGUGACCCGGGUUUUUCAAGAUACGAGCUGUCGUUCGGCCAAUAAAAUUGGAGAUACGAGCCCUGUAUGGUGGCAGUGAAUGCAACUUUGGUGUUUGGCGGUUGCGGAGCUAUUCUUUAAAAAAAAAAGAGGCUUCAAGCUGUUUAAUGACACUCCAAGUUGCCUUAAAAUCUGUUAGUUUGAUGCUAACAUAUUAUGCAAAACACCAUAGAUGGGCUACUCAAACUCGCACUGAUGUUGCAUAGUUAUAACCCUUUAAGCAAUAGAUAUUUGAACACAAAUGAUGGCGCAACGUGUUGACAGAUGAUAUAACAAUACCCACAGGGAUAUAAUCUUUAUCCUCUGAAAAGAACUAUUAUUACUGCAGGUUACUGAGAAACUGAAGACCAUCUCCAUGUACAGUAUACUGUACCUAUAUGUCUGUAUUAUACUGCCCCCCGGUGGCCAAGGCUUGCAGACCAGAAGGUGCAGCACAUACAUCGAAUUGAAGCAAAAAAUGUGGCAAAAAAAAGUGUUUUAAUUUCUAUACAUUCUAUUUAAUUCAUUACUGUAAGUUUUUAUAAAGCACAAUAUCACAGUGAUUUUUCUAAAAAAAAAAAAACUACAAUUUAGGGGGGAAGCUGGAACAGAUUAUGGCAUUUCCAUUCAUUUCAAGGAGGAAAGAUGAUUUGAGUGUCUUUAGUUAUGAGCAUGGUUCUGAAACAAAUGAACUCAUACUUCAAGGUACCACUGUAUACACUAAUGUGGUUGAACUUCACCGGGCAAUCAUAUAUGCGUUGCAAAUCGCAUACCAACGCUAAUCUGUACGUCCCAACAACACUCAGUGCAGCUCUGCCUACCUUUUGGCUUUGACAUGAUAGUACCCGUGUACAGAAAACAAUUUGCGCAUUUAUUCAUUAUCUUAUAUCUGCAUCUACCUAUAUCCAAUUUAAGAUUGUACUAGUAGGCCAAAAGUGGUAAUAGUAAUGGGGGAAGAAAAAAAAAAAAGAUUACUUGCAAGACAGUUGUUCUGCUAGUGCACUUAAUUGUCAUACUAGUGAGUACGAAGUGUGGACCUUAAACUGGAUAUCAAUAUUGAAUAAAUGCUCAAAUAAUUGACAAAAUGACAAAAAUGCGAGUUGGCCCACUCUAGUUCUCAGUGGUUCGCUUAAUCUGGUGAGAAAAAAUAAAUAAUCUAAUUCAAGACACCAAGUAUAAACAAAAUGUUUGAAACUGAAAAUGUCAAAUUUAAUGUAAAUUUGAAUGUAUUUUGUGUCACUUUUGAGAUGUCUACGGUUACGACAAAGACAACAGCUGCAGCAGCCUGUGGAUUUAAUGCAAAGCACUUAACCUUUACUUGAAAGAAGGUAAAAUACAUCCAGGCAGAAAAGAUAAUAUACACUAUGUAAAAAAAAAAACAACAAAAAAGAACAAUCAUUCCACAAUGAAUAUCAUCUUUUAAAGUUGGAACAAUAGCGAUAGGGAGUGUGUUGUUAUCUACAUUUUGUUAGCAAGAGAACAGUGAAAGCACAACAAAAGUUGGGUCAGUAUCUUUACUGUAUGGUACACUGUAAAAAAAAAAUCUCAUCGAGAACGCAGUAGUCCACAUUGUCCAAAAAAAAAAAAAAAAAGUCAUUCAACCUCAACUGCAAGGCAUACAUUAUAAAUAAAUGUAAAGAGGGCAAAGGGGGAAGAAAUAAAAAACAACAAAAACAAAAUACUACAAGCAAUAAUCCACAAUUCCAGCAUGGCUGAAACAAUAAGUGGCCUUAAAAAUCUAAACCACUGGGGAGCGUGGCCACAGUUUUUUUUUUUUUAGUUAUUUAUUUUUAAUAAACUUUUAAGAUAUUGUAGAUUCUUCAAGACGGCGUGCCGGCCCAUUGUGUAACACUUGAGAGAAUAAAUCAAGUUAAAACUG